GGGUUGGUGAGUUCAGUUCAACUUUCCCGUUGAAGCCCGUAGUAUCGUCGAUAGCGCUCUGGUACUCUCGCUUGUUUCCUUAAAACAAUCUUUUUAGGCAUAUAGGUACAUUGGAUUUUACACGUAGAUUCGCGAUGAGGUGACAUUCCCACCAUGUCAACUGUUAGCCCGCCAAAAUCGUCACCGUUCUGCAAGAUUGGCUUGUGUUCCCGCCAUAAACCUCUCAAGGUGAUGGUUCUGGGUCAAACCGGGGUUGGAAAAACUGCGCUGGUUGUGAGAUUCAUCACUAGGAGGUACAUAGGAGAGUACGACCCUACCUUAGAGAAAGUGUAUACAUUCCAUACAGUCAUGGACAACGAGAUGGUAUACUUCGAGAUUCUAGAUACAGCUGGUCAACCACAUGAAAGUGAGUGUUUAACCCUGGAAGCCAACAUACGCUGGGCCGAAGCCUUCAUACUAAUGUAUUCCGUCACUGACAAAUGCUCAUUCGAUGAAUGCAACCGACUCAAGUUCCUCAUCAACUACAAUAAACGAAAAAGACGACUAAACAGCUCAAAGGAGAGCGUGACGGAUGUGCCAGUAGUUUUGGUGGGAAACAAGAUAGACCAAUGGGGAGACCGCAUGGUGACACCAGAGGACGGCCAAAGACGGAGCAAAGAGAUUGGCUGUGUCUGCUUUCAUGAGAUCUCCGUCAGAGAGAGUAUAGAACAGGUGUGGACGGUGUUCAGAGACGUCUGUCAGUUCUGGAAGGUUCACACAAAGUUUCCAAAGCUGAAGAGGUCCUCCAGUGAUAUUCACAGUCCAGACGCUCCUCCAAACGGCAAACCCUCGCUCGCCAUGAUACUGGGACGAAGGUGGACGGAGGUUGAGCUCGAUGAGGAGGAGGAGACAAGUCCGGGGUCGCCGACGCCAGCUCCGGAAGUGGAGGCGGAACUUCCACCGUUCAGAGGUCGCGCCUCCACCGACGGCCACCUGUUGUCGCGCCCCCGACGUUGGCGGUACCCGCCUCCAGCUACAACCCCUACGUCACGCCAGGCCGACCGCCGCAUGUCCAUCUCAAUGAGGGGCAACAACGCCUCCUGCUGAUCUCUGACGAACUCCGGUCGACUGUGGAAAUCAUCCUCUUUGUCAUAAUUAUAUUCUUCUUCUUCGCCGUCGAAAACAAACUAAAUCAUCUAUUUCAUCACCUUUGGAACAGUCACAGUUAGCAACGAUAGAAAAAUCAUCUCCUUUGACGUAAUCGUAUCCUCCUUUACCUUUCUUUUUCUUUUCUCUUCUUUCUCCUUAUUCUUCCUUUUAUUAUCAUAUUAGUAAAUGAUGUUUCUUUUCGGCUUCGUUACCCUAGAUAAAUGGAAAUCAUCAUAUUGUCUUUUACCUUCCUUCAAUUAUUUUCUCUUCUAGCUCCUUCUCCUCUUAUCAUCCCUUUUCGUCCUUUUAAUUAAUAUUAAUUAACGAUAUAACCUUCUUCGGUUUCGUAGCUCUAAAUGUGAUCAACGAAAGGUGAAACCGUCCUUUUGGUCAUAAUCAUAUUCGUCUUGUCACAAUUAUUCCCUUUAUUUUUAUCCUCCUAUUCCUGAUUCUUCUUUUUAUAGUGUUUCUUCCCAUUCUCUCAUUUGUCUCCACUCUUUCAUCAUCAAUAUAAAAAAACAACACGAUCUCUGCCUUGGUUACAAUCUCCAUCUUACUUUUCUCUUACUUGCAACCUUCGCGGUCUUAAUGGUAAAACCUUAUCUUCAUCUCAUGGAAUUAUCGUAGUCCAUUAACGUUAACACCAGUAUCACCAUUGUUAGUAUCUUAUCUUCUUUUUCAAUGUUUAAUUUGUAUUCUCCUUAUUCUCAAAUCCAACAUAACCAACAUAAUAAUCUAGUCAGACAGUCAGACAAACUGGUCGAGAUUGUUGUUUUUCAUUGGCAUGUAUUUUAACACAUAUUGUUAAAACUUUGAGCAUUAAUCAAAACUGGACAGAACUUACUCAUUUCUACACAUAAGACCGUUCACUCGUUAUAGUUAAGAAAAAAUAACAUUUUCAAAUGUAUAAUUUUCCAAAGGAUUUAAAUAAGCUACAUUUAAAACCACAACUAAGUUCAAUCUAACAUUUCUUAAUGAAUAUUGCCGUUUUUUAAACGUAACAUUCUCGAGUAAAAGAUGCCAUGAAAUAAAAAUAGUUUUAUAAUUUCGUUUUACAAAAACUCUUUAAUGAAUAUAGGGAAAACUGUCGUUUGAAGUAGAUAUAAUAUAGGCCAGCUUAACUGAAAGUUAGUGAAUGCCCUGUAUAUACACUUCUACAUUUACUUAGGUUUAUCGAGCUCAAACACUAAAUGUUUCAAUAUACUCUGUAAGUGUUAGAUUUUCCUUCUGUGCAAAGAACUGUUUAUUGAAAACAUGUCAAGUUUCCUUUGUUUGUUUCAAUCACAAAAGAAUGUUCCGAAAUCGUUGACCUUAUUUUACCUUAUUUCACUUUUAAGAAAUAUCGUACACUGUUGUGCAGUUUGAACACUCAAUGUUCAAAAAAUAAUCAAAUAGAUAUUACCAUUAUCCCUUAUCGCUGGGUAUAUGAUUAACAACAGGUCGUACAGAGUUUAAACUCGAAGUUACUUCGGUCGUUUUUCAAACAGAAUUCGUGUUUCUUAAUUUGCGAGUGAAUUGCACACAAAAAUAUUUUAAAAUAAACGGGCAUCUACUUAAGUUACCUAUUUGAGUUUGCCAAUUACUAAUUUUAGGAAUUGCAAAUUAUAAAAUAUUAUUUCAAUUCUAGAUUUAUGAAAAAGUGAAAAGUUUUCAACUUAUAUGGUGUGUGCUUUUUUCUCAUAGAAAUAAUACUAUGCAAAUAUACAAGUUUUCAUUGUCAGAAGCCUUUUGCUAUUUCCAACUCUUUUCUUCUAUUAUGAAAACUGGAUCACGUUAAGUUAGGUUUGGAUAGUUGUUUAUUUCCAUGGUUUUCAAAAAGAAAAGAUUUGAGCACAGUUAAUAAGGUAAAGGAUUCUGGCAGAUUUAGCCUCUUAUACGCUUUACCCAAAUCAACAUAAAUUCAAGUCUCAAACUUUGUUCUCCUUUUUUUACUUUCCAUGUAAUAAAUAACAACACGAUUUUCAUCAUAGAAUAUUUACCAAAUACUACUACUGCCAUCUAUAUACUCACACUCACACACAUCUCUAAAAAUAUGAUGCAUACAUUGUGAUGAAUACAUUCCUAGGCUAUUGCUGUAAAUAGCUUUAUUUCGCUAAGUUAUUUCUCGGCCGCUACUUUAUCCCGAGAUGCCAAAUGUUGAAAAAGGCCUAAUGAAUGUUAUUAGGACAAAGAGUAGUAUUAGGUGUUGUAAGAUAUUUUUGAAUACAAUAAUUAUGAUGAUUAAAUGUUAACAUUUUUGUGCUUAAGUAUGUGUUGCUUUGUAACAUAGAUUUAUUCUGAUGAACAGUGUAUGUGUUUAUAGUUAUUAGAAGGUAUCUGUUGAUUUUAUUCAACCUUGUGACUAAUUUUAUAAUAUUUUGAGAAGACAAAGAAAUAAACCGUAGUUGUGUCAGAAACUAUAUUUUAUACGACUUUUGAGAUUAAAUAUUGCGUAAAGUUGUUUUAAUCAUAUAGCGUACGAUAAAAACCUCAUUCACAAUUUCCUUUUAAAAUGAUAUAUAUAUUUUUUUUUGUUGAUUUUUUAUUCUUGUACAUAAUUUGUUUAGAUAUUUUACUUUUAAAUGUUUAGUUUUAGUGACGUGAGUUAUUCUUUAAACCAAUAUUGUAUUGAGAAGCGCUCAAGAAUAAAGGCAUUUUGAUUUGAUUUGAUUUGAUAUUGUGAACUUUCGGAAUAGUCUGAAGUAAAUAUCAAACAACUUAUUACACGUGAAUGACAAAUAACAUUUUUGUACAUAAUACGAAUUUGUCAAUAUUGUGUUGUUGUUUUUAUUGAUGUUAAUAGUACUAAGCAGAAUCGAAAUUAUGUUGUAGUUUUAUUGCAUCUUUUGUUCUGUUUUAACUGUGAAUUGUUGUCUUAUUAGCAAGUCGUCAAAGGUAAUUUUUCAAGUGUCACAGGACUUAUAUUAAAGGGACUCGUAUACUAUCAUCCGUAUGGCUCAGCUGAUACAAUUUCAAUAUUUUUUUAUCUUCGGCACUUGAACUAUCUUCUCCUUUUUGUUUUUAUACCAAGAAAAUGCCAAGAUGUUUUUUUUAAAAACCAUAGAGUGUAGAAGUGCCAACCCGUAAAACUUAGGCCAUCUCUAAAAUUAACGGAAAACAUUUAGCCCACAUCGCGCACCUCUAUAAGCCUAAUUAUAGUAUCGGAAAUAUAAAGUCAAUGCUUCAGAAUUUGAAAAAUGCUCACAAGUAACCGAAAUCUUACAUUAAAUUAAUUUCUGAACAUAUUAAAACAGAUUGUAUAUUUAAAUACAUAUCUGACUGCAGAUUGAAAUAGCUGUUUAGACUUUUCCAAUUCUGAAAAAGAACUACUACUGUGCAUUAUCAACUUAACAUAUCGAAAUUGCUACAAGAAAUAAAUUGAACACCAGUUGUGGCCUUUAAGUAUGAAAUGUAUAAACAUUGCACCAAUUUUUUUCUUGUCUGGGCAAUGGUUAUACUUCACCGAUUACUAAAGGAAUGCUACUCAAAAUGUAUUAUUGAAAAAUAUGAUUGUUGCUUUUUUCUUUUGUUGUGGGGAAGUAUUUUUAGUUCUGAUUUAUUUUUGUUAAGCUCAUACCUAAAUGAAUAAAUGUUAUUUGUAC